AUGCGGAUCCUCCCUCUUUCCCUCUUCGCGCUGGGAUUGCUCCCUGCUCAAGUUCUCGCUGUCGACACAAUCAGUACCGAUUAUGUAUCGACUUGUUUGACAAACUCUGAUAUCCAAGUCCAGCAACUGAAAAUCGCCUACACCCGCUCGACAAGAAUAGUCGACUUCACAUUCCAUGCGACAAGCCAGAGGAUUCAGAAUGUCACUGCCUCUUUGACGGUCACCGCAUAUGGACGACAGGUUUAUACCAAGGACUUUAACCCUUGUAGCUCGGAUAACUAUGUCGAGAGACUUUGUCCGGUUCCUGCUGGCUCCUUUAACGCGCAAGGAACACAGGAGAUCCCCGAAGAAUUCGCCAGUCAAAUCCCUUCCAUUGCCUUCGCGAUCCCUGAUCUGGAUGGACUGGCGAAACUUGAAUUGAAGUCUCUCGACGGUGGGAAUGCGGUGGCCUGUUUCCAAUCCGGCCUGUCCAACGGCAAGUCCAUGCAGGUUCAGGGCGUCACUUACGCAGCGGCUGGGGUCGCAGGCGCCGCGUUGGCCUUGAGUGGGUUGUCUGCGCUGGGCUCCGUUGCUCAUCCCGGAGCAAGUUCAACGAGCCCUGGUUUCGGCGAUGUGAUGGGCUGGUUCCAUAGCAUGGCCACCAACGGUAUGCUCAGUGUUAGCUACCCCCCGUUAUAUCGCAGCUUCGCCAAGAAUUUCGCUUUCAGCACCGGUCUGAUCCCCUGGGGCGACAUGCAGACGAGUAUCGACCGCUUCAGAGAGGCCACGGGCGGUAAUCUCACUCAGAACAGCUAUGAAUUCCUUCGAAAUGCCACUCUUGACUUCUCCGGUGGAGACUCCACGAACACGACAUCGAAGGGUAAGCGGGGUUUAACCAUAAUCGCCAAUGCCGUGAAUCUGGCGACUAGAGAGGUGUCGGCCUCGUUCGAUAGCAACUCCACGGCCAAUUCGACUGGUGGUGAUGAGAGCGGAUUUCACAAAACACUCUCAGGCAUUGAGGCUUACGCGGGGCAACUCACCAUUCCUCAAGCCAACACCUUCAUGACCGUCCUGUUGAUCUUUGCUAUUGUGAUUGCCGCCAUCGCGUUGGGUAUUUUACUUUUCAAAGUGAUCCUCGAGCUGUGGGCUCUGUACGGUUCGUUUCCAGAAAAGCUCAAGGAUUUCCGCAAAGAUUACUGGGGUCUCCUGGCUCGCACGAUCACCAAUCUGAUCCUGGUCCUCUACGGCAUCUGGGUGCUCUAUUGCAUUUAUCAACUGACCAGUGGGGACUCCUGGGCGGCGAAGGUCCUCGCCGCCGUCACUCUUGCUGUGUUCACCGGCAUCCUGGUAUUCUUCGGUUUGCGUAUCAUGCAUCUGGCCCGCAAGUACAAAAAAGCGGAAGGCGAUGCCUCGAGUUUGUAUGAGAACAAAGAGACCUGGCGCAAGUACAGUCUCUUCUACGACAGCUACAAGAAGGACUACUGGUGGCUCUUCAUCCCUGCCAUCGUCUACAUGUUUGCCAAGGGCUGUGUUAUCGCCGGGGCGAAUGGGCAUGGGCUGGUACAGUCUGCGGGCCAGCUGAUCGUCGAGGCGUUGAUGUUGGGCCUCUUGCUGUGGUAUCGACCAUAUGUCGCCAAGUCUUCCCAGUGGAUCAAUAUCACUAUCCAAGUGGUCCGUGUCUUGUCUGUAGCAUGUGUCUUGGUGUUCGUCGAAGAGCUGGGUGUUUCCCAAACAACCAAAACAGUGACUGGUAUCGUCCUCAUUGCGGUUCAGUCGGGCCUUACAGGUAUCCUCGCUAUUCUCAUUGCUGUCAACGCUAUCAUCUUGUGUGUCCGCGAGAACCCUCACGCCAAGCGGCAGAGAGAAGCCGAAAAAUUGAAUCGCGAUAUGGAUGACCUCACUCCUUUGGAUGCUCGGGAAUCUCUCCUCAUGGAUCAUCCCCCCCGCAAGGACUAUGGAGAGAUGAGCAAGUUCAAUUUCACCGGCCCCUACGCACCAUAUCGCGAUCAGCAUGAUUCCGAGACUCGAAGCAGGCGAAAUGAAAGCACAGAUCGCCUGGUAGACCCUGCUUACCGCCCAAAUCAUCACCAUGACCGAAGUUUAAGCCGUGAUAGUCGACGGAGUCGUGAUAGCCACGGAUCUCUUGAGCGGCGGCCAGCCACCACCCCCGGUUAUGGCUUCGCUUAUUAA